GGGGAAAGGGGCGGCGCUGGGCCCGGGACUGGGACUGUCGCCCUCGCGCCCGAGCCGGGUGGGGCCCAGGGCCUCGGGAUGCAGCCGCCGGUGCCCGGGCCCCUGGCCCUGCUGGACGCCGCAGAAGGGCUCGCAAGGAGGAAGAAGACGUCGCUCUGGUUUGUGGGGUCUCUGCUGCUGGUGUCCGUCCUCAUAGUGACCAUCGGGCUGGCCGCCACAACCAGGACGGAGAACGUGACCGUGGGGGGCUACUACCCGGGGAUCAUUCUUGGCUUCGGAUCCUUCUUGGGAAUUAUUGGCAUCAACUUGGUGGAGAAUAGAAGGCAAAUGCUGGUGGCAGCGAUCGUGUUUAUCAGCUUUGGUGUGGUGGCCGCCUUUUGCUGUGCCAUCGUGGACGGCGUGUUUGCCGCACGACACAUUGAACCAAGGCCUCUCACCACAGGAAGAUGCCAGUUUUACUCCAGUGGGGUGGGGUACUUGUACGACAUCUACCAGACAGAGGUCACCUGUCACUCCCUGAAUGGCAAGUGCCAGCUGAAGCGCAGAGCCCUCACCUGCCUACUACGAGUUUGUCGGUGUCCGCAGCUGCCAGGACGUCCUGCACCUGUACCGCCUGCUCUGGGCCUCUGCAGUCCUGAACGUCCUGGGCCUGUUCCUGGGCAUCAUCACCGCCGCUGUCCUGGGGGCCUUCAAGGACAUGGUGCCUCUGUCCCAGAUGGCCUAUGGCCCCGGAAUUCCUCCGCAGACCCUCUACAACCCUGCCCAGCAGAUUCUGGCCUUCGCAGGCUUCCGCCCGACGCCCGAGGCCAUCCCGACCUGCUCGUCCUACCCUCUCCCCCUUCAGCCCUGCAGCAGCUUCCCAGCUGCGCCCUCCUCCGCCCUGGCCUCAUCUGAGGACCUGCAGACUCCCUCUCUGGGCAGCUCCAGCUCUCUUCCCAGCCAGGCCCCACCCCGCUAUGCACCAGCCUAUCCUCCCCCUGGAGAGAAGCCACCCCCCCACGCCCCCUGACACAGAAGUGUGGGGGAAAAACUUUGUUUAAAAAAAAAAAAAAGGCAGCCUCUAGAAAAUCCCGCUAUUCAGCUAAGCUCCUAGAGAACCCAGGAGAACAUUCCAGAAGUCUGGAAUGAAGUCCGUGCCUGCCUUCCCUCCCUGAGCACAUUGGUGAGGGGGCCGCCACCGGGCCACCGGGCGGGGAGCGGGUCCCUGCAGACCCAGGCUGGUGCUGUCUCACCAAACGGCACUGAAUGGCCCCACCUGGCGACCUCGUUGAGAGCCACUUUUCUGGUGUUUUCUCUUCCCUUAAUUAGCCAUUAUUGCUAUCUGCAAGGAGGGUGCGGCCCCGUGCCUCCCUGCGUAUGGGUUCCUGUUUGCAGGCAUGUUGUGCACUACACGUUCAUGUGUGCGUCUGUGUCCUGUAGAGGGGCAGGGCAGGGCAACCCACCUGCCCCUCGGGCUGUGCUCCUGACGUCUGCUGCGAAGGGAAGAAGCUUCAGCUCUGACGCCCAGCGCUGUGUCUAACCGCCCGCAAGUUGCCAGAAUCUGGGGGUCCAGGUGUCUCCCGGCCCCAGAUGCAAAUCUGCCCUGGCUGCUGGUGUGAGGGUCUCCCCUGAGCUGUCUCCCAGCUACAGCACCUGGGCUUCUGCUGCCCUUCCACAGCUGCUGCUCAUGGCACUGCGUCUCAGGAUCCCUGGCCACUGGGACGGUGGGGGCGGUGUUUAGGGGUCCCUUGGCUCAGGGUCUGAGGGUGCAGCACUCCCCAUGGAAACCAGCUUAGCUUCUCCAGUCCCAGCAUGCACCCUGCCAGACACACCUGGGGAGACAGGUGAGUGUGCCUGGGAAGCGGCAGGUCCCGGGGUUCACAGGCCUGCGCCCCAGUGACAAGAGUUCAGGUUGCGCUGCCCAGAAGUAGCCGAAGUCUCUUGAAAAGCAGCGGGUAGGGGAGGGGCUUUCUCUCAACUCCUAAAGUCAGAUCCUCCACAGGGAACCAUGGGCUCCCCUGGCAGGAGGGGAGGCAAGAGGUGACCCCACCGCUCCCCAGACACGUCACAAGCCAUCGAGUCUCCGUCUCCACUCUGCAGGGCCACUCAUGGUUCCCCCGUCACUCCCUCUCCCCUCAGAAGCCGAGCUGGCACCCCAGGUCUCACGCCUCUUGGAGCCUCACGUCCCUCCCUGCAAAGCCCCCCAUAGCCCCACCCCAUGCCUGCAAUAAAGAUGUGCCGCUCUGCUCCCGA